ACUCAAAUAGGUUGUCAACCCCUUUAGGUCCUUUGUUUAUGCUCACAAUUUCAGCUGCGAGCUCCAACGCGCACGGUUCUGAAAAUACUCGCAUCUCAGUAUGGCUCCUAUUCGCCGAUACCUCAGGAUCAGCAAGUAUACUAUCCUCGAAUGCCGGAUCUACCUAGAAAACCCAUCGGACACGCGAUGGCUCCUCGACAGCCGGGAGCCCGUCCUUCCCCGGAUAUUCGCUGCCAUUCGCCCUCUAGUUUUACCUAAACUACGCGAGGAGAACGAAAGGCUCUUUGCUCGGAAGAAAGGGAAACCAGUGAAAGAUGUGAUAGCUGAAGAUGACUUUGAGGUUUCGUUAUUCCUCCGCGAAUCCCGAACACGUCACUCACUCCUCACGCGACACAAGGAGUUCGACGAACCCGAUAACGCAUCGAGUAGAAAAGAAGGAGUAGGAAAUCCACCCCGACCUACGGAAGGUUCAAGCGGAACUGCCGAUGCUGGAAUCUUAGUCGAGAGCGAUAGCGAAUCUGAUAUCGAUCUACGCGAUAUCCCUCAAGCCACUGCGGAGAACGAUAAGAAGGGUAAACGCCAACGAGAUGUAGAUGGAGCAGUUGACACCACAGUUAAUCCACGCGCCUCGAAACGUCGGAAGGAUGAGGAACCGGAUGAUAAGAAGUUGCGUUUCAGGACGAACUAUGAGGGGUUCAACAUCUACGGGUGGAUGCUAUGCUUACUCGUUACUCGCAAAGGGGACAAAAUUAGAGUAAGCACGGGAUCUUCGGAGUCUACGCGCCAGGCUCUAAUGGAGGAGUGGAUGUCCACUCAAGCCCAGGGGGAUGUGGAUGAAGAGCAAGAUGUUAGUUGAUCUAGACAUUUUCGCCAGACGAAACAGGAGGUAUUAUACAUCUGCAACCAUGCCAGGCCCCGAAACUCUGUGAAGCGGCAGCCCAGCUCCAGCGCAGGAUUCGCUAAGGAAAGCGAAGCCAGUGCCAAAGCCAAAUAUUACAGCAUGGAACGAAUAUGAGCGGAUUUGGAAAACAAGGGCUGCUUCC